GCGGGGUGGAGCAGAGCCGGAAGCGGGAGGGGAGCGUCAAACAGGAAAAGAAGGGAAGAAGGAAGAAGAGGGUAGAGGAGGAGAGGGAGGUGGCGGCGCCGUGGCGGAGGAGCAGGAGCAGGAGGGGGAUGGAGAGGAGAAGGCUCCUGGGUGGCAUGGCGCUCCUGCUCCUCCAGGCGCUGCCCAGCCCCCUGUCAGCCAGGGCUGAACCCCCGCAGGAUAAGGAAGCCUGUGUGGGUACCAACAAUCAAAGCUACAUCUGUGACACAGGACACUGCUGUGGACAGUCUCAGUGCUGCAACUACUACUAUGAACUCUGGUGGUUCUGGCUGGUGUGGACCAUCAUCAUCAUCCUGAGCUGCUGCUGUGUUUGCCACCACCGCCGAGCCAAGCACCGCCUUCAGGCCCAGCAGCGGCAACAUGAAAUCAAUCUGAUCGCUUACCGAGAAGCCCACAAUUACUCAGCGCUGCCAUUUUAUUUCAGGUUUUUGCCAAACUAUUUACUACCUCCUUAUGAGGAAGUGGUGAACCGACCUCCAACUCCUCCCCCACCAUACAGUGCCUUCCAGCUACAGCAGCAGCAGCUGCUGCCUCCACAGUGUGGCCCUGCAGGUGGCAGUCCCCCGGGCAUCGAUCCCACCAGGGGAUCCCAGGGGGCACAGAGAAGCCCCUUGUCUGGGCCCAGCAGAAGCAGCACAAGACCCCCAAGCAUCGCUGACCCUGAGCCCUCUGACCUACCAGUUGACCGAGCAGCCACCAAAGCCCCAGGGAUGGAGCCCAGUGGCUCUGUGGCUGGCUUGGGGGAGCUGGACCCCGGGGCCUUCCUGGACAAAGAUGCAGAAUGUAGGGAGGAGCUGCUGAAAGAUGACAGCUCUGAACACGGCGCACCCGACAGCAAAGAGAAGACGCCUGGGAGACAUCGCCGCUUCACAGGUGACUCGGGCAUUGAAGUGUGUGUGUGCAACCGGGGCCACCAUGAUGAUGACCUCAAAGAGUUCAACACACUCAUCGAUGAUGCUCUGGAUGGGCCCCUGGACUUCUGCGACAGCUGCCAUGUGCGGCCCCCUGGUGACGAGGAGGAAGGCCUCUGUCAGCCCUCUGAGGAGCAGGCUCGAGAGCCUGGGCACCCGCACCUGCCACGGCCGCCCGCAUGCCUGCUGCUGAACACCAUCAACGAGCAGGACUCUCCCAACUCCCAGAGCAGCAGCUCCCCCAGCUAGAGCAGGUCCUGCCAGCACCCAGCAACUUGGCAAAGCAACCAGGGUAGGAGAGAACCACGAGAGAAGCAUUAAGUGACUUUCAAAGACUUUCAGAGUACAGCCACUUGGUUCCUUUUUGUUUGUUUUCCUUCUCCUCUCCUGCAUUUUCCUCCAUCUCCAGGUACAGUUCGGGGUGUGGAUGCCUCUUCCUCCACAAGGGCACAGUGUUGUGGAGGGCUAAGUUGGUUCUGUGACUCAUUCCUCAUACCCUAACUCCAUCUCCUUUCUUUAAAGUCAAAUCUCACCUACCUGUUUGGGUCAGAGAGAUGUGUUUUAAAAGCCCCCAAGGAAGGAGGCUGGGACUGUGCCCUGACAUGAUUCUUGGUGAUGGAAUAGGUUUGUGCUCUGAUUCUAGUUUAAGAGAACGUUGCUGUGUCUCAGUCCAGGAGAGGCAGCCCAUCUUGGCCCUGGAUGAAGAAGGAAACCCACAGAGGCCCAGGGCUUGUCAUUGGGCUGCCAGUGUCUGCCAAGCCAGCAUUGAGCUAAUCCUGUGGGAGGAUGAGAGCUACUGGGCCGUUGUAUGAUAGGUUGGUAGGGGCUUGUUGAUCUGUCAAAUUCCAGGUGACAAGAUCUAUGCACCCCAUGCGUCCUUGAGGGGCCUCUUCCCCGCAGGCUCUGGCUGGCCGCAGGCUGGUUCUGGUGUGAAAGGUUAUACUGCCUUUUCUUUGUUUGUUUUUUUCUCUAAAAACAAACAGCAAAAGACAGCUGAAAACAAGAACUUCACCGGUGGGCAGGCAAGAAUUCUCUUCUGGAAAAUGACGUUUGUGGCUCUUUCCCAAGUUGGCCUUCAAAGAGCCUGCCUGCCGUUGAGCCAGAAGAUGUCUCGUGUGAAGGCUGGGGUGGAGGCUGUCUUGGAACCUCUGUGAGCAGGAGGCCCUAAGCCGCAGCAGUGGAUAGAGGUGCAGCUCUCUGCCUCUCUGCCCUUUGGUCUGUGUUCACAGGUGACCCGUGUCAGCCUGCAUCGCAAGCACACACCCUGCGGGCCUUCACAUCUCACUGUUCCGUAUGAGGAAACAGACAGCGGACUGAGGAAGCGAUGGCCCCAGAGAAAGGGCCCUUGUAGCCUGGCUCUCACACAGUAUUUUAUCUUUGAUUCUGAAUAAAUAUUUUUUGUGGGUUUUUUCUUUUUUUUUUGGUGGCGGUUGUUUGUUUUAAACUGACCACUUGGAAGAAAUACCUUGGUUAUCUGUGGUUUUCAUGCCUUGUCCCUGCCUCUACCCCCACCCCUUUUGAGUCGGGUGACUCAUUUUUCUGUGUAGAGACUCGGUGGCCCAGGCAGGAGGUGAAAGCAGCCAUCCGGAAGGCCCUGGGGACCCUUGUGCCUGUUGCUCGGCUUCAGGUCACCAGCUGAGCUGCGAUAGGAAAAUCUGAAUGGAGGCAGCAAACAGCCAAAACAAACAUUCCCCACCCAGCCUUGUGCAUAUGAAGUCUUUCUUCCCCCAACUCUUGAACGAUGAUGAUAUUCAGACGAAGCAUUGAUGUUAUGGAAGAAAGAAAGAAACAAACAAAAAAUAUAUAUAUAUGUCCAAAAACAGACAAAUCCAAGGAUGUGAGGUAAACGAGUGUCUGCAUUUAGAUUCCACAAAACCAAAAUCCAUGUUGAACAAAGUUAAGUCCGUACACAGUGACUUUUUGGGUGAGCCGUGUGUGUCUGUCUGUUGUGUGUGAGCCUCAAGCCCUGUUUUCCUGUGAAGAUACUUUGAGUGGCAGCCAUUCUCCCCACGUGAACCACACGUCUGGAGCACAGACAGGCCUCUCAAGGUCAUUGAUCUUACGCAUUUACUGUUUACCGAACAAAUGUCUGACUGUGUACUCGGGUGUACUCCGCAGCAUUGUCGACUGCAGUCCCCUGUGUUUGCCAGAGAUACUGUGCUCGAAGUAGAGGUUUUACUCUACUCAUCACUGCGAUUUGCACAUUGCUCCGUGGACACUCGGAGGCCUGCGUUCUGUUCCCUAUAAAUGGAAGCGUGCUCUGAGCCUGUCUGCCUCCCUUGGCUGCUGCUGGUCCUCAGUACCAGCCCCCGGGGGUGUCCACAACCACUUGGGACAGAAGAAGGUGGAAUUUCAGACGGAAGCUUGAUUGGGUCUUCAAUGACAGGCUUGGACUAGCUGUGGCCCAGACAUCGGCCCUGCCCAGAAUUGCCAGGAGGAAGCUUUGCAGGCUCUAGAGGAGCCGCAGGGCCUGCCUCCCUCUGGUGAGUCCAACAGGCACAAGCAAGCUGGCGUGUGGCCAGAGGUAGCCGGAGUGUGUCACAGCCCCUCAGAUGCCUUUCCUUCCACCUUUUUUUUAUUUUUUAAGAAUCCCAAAUAACUCACUGAAGUGUCUCAAAGGCGAACAAGUUUUAUCAAAAUGAAUCCUUUUUCAGUUAACAGAUCAAAUGGAUGAGUUCUGAGCCUCUCAAGUUCCUUUCCCCAGUUAGAGUGGGGAACUGGGCAAGUGUUAACUGUGGGACUCACUGCAGCGUCCUAUCCUAAAGGCACGAGAAGACGGAAAUGCAACCUGCGGAGCUGGGCUUGGUUCCCAGGUCACAGUUUGGCCCCCGCUACAGGAUGCUGCCCUGCUCAGAGAGAGAUUUAAUAGGGAGCUGAAGGAAUCGUUAGGGGGCCAGGGAGAUGUGACUGAGGCUGGCUUUCCACGUGAAUGAGACGGGGUUGGUGGAGGGUUUGGUGCUACAGCCAGUCAGAAGAUUUGCAAAUGCGAACACAUUCCUGUGUGAGGCACGUUACCCUUUGUCAGUUAUUGUGAAUAUGUGUAUUUUAAGCAAUAAGAUUCAGCUGGUCAGACUUUUCUGGGCAGUCUCAGUGACGCAUUUCCUGUGCUGUGAUUGUUCUGAAGACAGAGUGGCUCUAACCACUGUGAGAAGCCCAAAUAAAAAUUGAUCCCAAAAA